AUGUUUAAAUGUUUUUUGUGUGAAUCUCAAUUUGAGGUAUCUAGCCAUCUUUUAAUACAUUUAAAUAUUUAUCAUGAUCUUAAUAGCAUAACAAUAUUUGAAUGUAAACAACUAAAUUGUUUCCGAAGUUUUGGAUCAAUAGAUUCUUUUAAAAAGCAUAUUAAUAGUCAUACUUUAGUUACAAAUAAUAUUGCAAUUAAUCAACAAAUUAAUGUUGACAAACAUUCACCAACCAUAAUCACUAAUAUAGAUAUCAACUCUGAGGAAACAGUAGAUAAUAUUCAGGAUAAUUUAGAAUGUACAUAUUUCUUUACUCUUGAAAAUUUUAAAAACAUUUUACAAAAAAAUGCAAUUAAAUUGGUCUCAAAAUGGUAUAGCAAUAGUGCAAUACCACGGAAAAUGGUUCAAAUCCUUCUUGAUGAUGUUCAAAACUUUAAUGACUCGAUUUUAAUAAAUAUAAAAGACAAAAUCCAAAAUAUGAUUCAAAAUAAUAAUUAUGUUGAUACAGUUAAAGAUCUAACUCUAGUCUUAAAUUCUCUUGAAACUCUUUCCCACUCUUUUGAUAGUUUAAAAACAGAACAUUUCUGA